GGGCUGUCACAUUUGAGCAAAACCAAGAUGCUAAAUGCAAGAAAAGCCAUUGACAAGCAAAUGGAGAAAAGAUUUCCUGGACAUAAAGUUCGUAGCCUUGAUACCUGGCAGGAUUCCCAAGCUGUUUGGAGGCAUUUGGCUAAUUUGGCUCAACAAAAAGUGCACUAUCGUGACUGUCGGCCAUACCUGCUGGCUGAAAAUGUGGAGUUUGUAACAGACACGCUUGAUCAGCCAUCAUUGGGCACUCUUAAAGUCAGCGGUUAUCUCAGGGGGCAGGAUUUGGAUGUGAAUCAGCUAGUGCAUGUGCCCGGAUGGGGAGAUUUCCAGAUGUCCCAGAUUGAUGAAACCUGUGACCCUUACCCGCUUGUUGUCAGGGGCAACCAGGAUAGAAGGCAGAACCAUGGCAAGUUGGUUGAUGCAGAAAUGACAGAGGUGAAAUCAACUAGUUUUGUCAUUGCAAAAGCAACAAAUCCGGAAUCUCUUCAGUCAGAAGUGCCUCUCGAUUCGAUGGAUGAAGAGCAAACCUGGCCAUCAGCAGACGAGCUAGCAGAUAACAAAUUCAUGAAAGUAAAAGCAUUGAAAGGGGUGUCCGACUAUCAGGGCCAGUGGAUCCUGGACAUGUAUCAUGCUGAUGAAGCAGUUGAUGGGGAAGAUGAUGAUGAUGAUGAAAGUAUUGAAGGGAUGACAGUGGAAUCUAAUGUCCUUUGCUCAGAUAGGCCACAGAAUGCUGGCUGUAAUGAGGUGGAAGAGGUGGAUGAAGACAUCGCUGAUGGCACACAAACAGAACUAGGUGAAGAGGACAAUUAUGAUGAGCAGAUGGAUAUGGAGGAAGAGGAGAAAAUGUAUGAACGGCUGAAGCAAGAAAGACAGCAUGUUCAGUUUCCUGAUGAAGUGGAUACACCUCAGAAUGUGCCAGCCCGGCAGCGGUUUGCUAGGUAUCGUGGGCUGGACGGCUUCCAUGCCACUUCAUGGGACCCUAAUGAAUCCCUGCCUCGUGACUAUGCCAGAAUUUAUCGAGUCAGCAAACAGCACUACAAAAGGCUCCGCAAGCUAUCCCUGAUGAACGGCAGCCAAUCUAAGGAGACAAGUAAUGUUGCUGAGCCUGGAAGCUUCAUCACAGUCCACAUCAGCAAUGUGCCCAAGUCUUUGAUAGACUCACGCAGCCCAAGCCAGCCGCUGACUGUGUUUGGCCUAUUUCCUAAUGAGCACAAGAUGACACUCAUCAGCACUGCCAUUACACGAGUUGCUGCCUUUACAGCUCCAGUCAAGUCCAAGGAUCCACUUAUCUUCCAGAUUGGUUUCCGUAGAUUUUCUACUUCUCCUGUCUUCUCAGAACAUUCCUAUCAGAAUAAGUUCAAGAUGGAACGCUUCCUGCCUCAGUCUGGUUUUAUAGCGGCUUCCAUGUUUGCUCCAAUUAUGUUUGCACCUGCUCCAGUUUUAGUCUUCCGGGAAAAUGUUGUAGGAAAGUAUGACCUUGUAGCUAAGGGGUCACUGCUGUCUCUGGACACCGACAGAAUUGUGGUCAAGCGUGCUGUUCUUAGUGGGGCCCCUUUCAAGAUAAACAAGAAGUCUGUUGUGGUCAGAUACAUGUUCUUUAAUCGAGAGGAUGUUGAUUAUUACAAACCAGUAGAGCUGAGGACUAAGUGGGGCAAGAGAGGCCAUAUUAGACAAGCUCUCGGCACUCAUGGCCACAUGAAGUGUACAUUCAAUGGACAGGUCCGAUCUGAAGACACUAUCACCAUGAGCUUGUAUAAGAGAGUAUUUCCAAAGUGGAGCUUCAAUCCACAUGUGAACAUAUUGCCUCCACACAUAGAGAGGGUAGCAGAUGAGCAGGAGCAGGAGACACAAGCAUUUCAAAUGUUUGACAAUUAA